AUGGGACACACAGUCCCUCCCUUGAAAGACAAGUCGCUUUUCAUAGAAAAGUCGUAUGUCAAUGGCGAGUGGGUUGGUGCUGAGUCGGGAAAGACCUUUGAUGUCUAUGAUCCAUCCGAUGGCAAGCUCAUUGGCACUUGCCCUGAGUUCACGGCUUCCGACACAGAAAAGGCCAUCCAAGCUGCCGCAACCGCAUUCCCUAGUUUCCGCAAGACGCUCGCUCGAGAGCGUGCCCGCAUGUUGCGAAGAUGGUAUCAAUUAAUGAUCGAUAACGCUGAUGACUUGGCAACAUUAAUUACAUGGGAAAACGGCAAGCCUUUUGCCGAUGCUAAGGGCGAGGUCAUGUACGCCGCAAGCUUCUUUGAGUGGUUCAGCGAGGAGGCUCCUCGUAUAUACGGUGAUACCAUCCCCUCAUCCGUUCCCGGCAACCGAAUCAUUACAUUGAGGGAACCCGUUGGUGUUUGUGGUCUUAUUACUCCCUGGAACUUCCCAGCUGCUAUGAUCACGCGUAAAAUCGGACCUGCUUUGGCCGCUGGCUGUACCGUCGUGGCAAAGUCUCCCGGUGAGACUCCAUUUACAGCCAAUGCUUUGGCCGAGCUUGCUCAUCGCGCCGGCAUUCCCAAGGGUGUUGUAAACAUUGUAACGGCAGACAAGAAUGUGGUUGAGGUCGGAGAAAUCCUCACUACGCACCCAGAUAUCCGCAAGGUAUCCUUUACUGGAUCUACAAACGUCGGUAAACUGCUCAUGAAGCAAGCAUCAUCGACUCUUAAGAAAGUUUCUUGGGAGCUCGGUGGCAAUGCCCCAUUCAUUGUUUUUGACGACACUAAAGAUCUCGAUGCUGCCGUCACUGGAGCCAUCGCAUCCAAAUUCCGCAGUUCAGGUCAGACCUGUGUGUGCGCCAACCGUAUAUACGUACAAAAGGGAAUAUAUGAUGAGUUCGUUGCCAAAUUUACCGAGAAGGUCAAAGGCUUCAAGCUCGGUGCCGGAUUUGGCGAUGGCACCACACAUGGACCCGUCAUUCACUCCCGUGCGGUUCUCAAGGUUGAGGAACACGUCCGUGAUGCAGAGUCCAAGGGAGCCAAAGUUAUGGUGGGCGGAAAACGGGCAUCUGAGAUCGGCGAUAACUUCUAUCACCCCACAGUCUUGGCAUAUAUGACCAAAGACAUGCAGCUUGCUUCUGAGGAGACAUUUGGUCCUGUUGCAGGUCUCUUCCCAUUUGACACUGAGGAGGAUGUCAUCAAGCUUGCAAACCAGGCAGAGGUCGGAUUGGCUGCUUAUUUCUUCUCUAACGAUGUGAAGCGUUGCUUCCGCGUUGCUGAAGCAUUGGAGGUUGGUAUGGUUGGUGUCAACACUGGAAUUAUCAGUGACGUUGCCUCACCAUUUGGUGGUGUCAAGCAGAGCGGAUUUGGCCGUGAAGGCAGCAAGUACGGUAUUGAGGAGUUUAUUGUAACGAAAUCGGUCACCUUCGGAGGCAUCACCGAACCAGGUUUGUAA